AUGUUUCGCAAUAUUUGGCUUCAUUCAGAACAUCAAAAAUUCCAGAAGAUUAUUUGGAGAGAUGAUCAAUCCCAACCCUUAGGUGAAUUUCAGCUAGCCACUGUAACUUAUGGAACUAAGGCCGCACCUUUCUUGGCCAUGAUGAUCCUGAAAAGACUUGCAAUCGAUGAACGUUCAAAUUAUCCUUCCAGUAUCGCACCUGCUGUGUUAGAAAGCUCAUUUUACAUGGACGAUCUGUUGCAUGGGACUCACUCUGCACAAACAGCAAUAGAGCUGAAGAACGAUUUAAUUAAACUACUUAAAUCUGGAGGUUUCAAUCUUAGAAAAUGGCGUUCAAACUUACCUCUCCUUUUAGAAGACAUGAACGAUUCCGAAAAAGAAUUCGACUUUAAGCACCAGGAGUCAACUAAAACUUUAGGCCUUCGUUGGAAUCCCAAUACCGACGAAUUUAUCUUUUAUCCUAUUAAUUAUAUCCCAAAUAUUACCCCUACUAAGCGACAAUUAUUGUCCGAAAUCUCAAAAAUUUAUGACCCUUUGGGCUGGCUAGUACCAGUCACUACAAAACUUAAAAUUUUAUUUCAAGAAACUUGGAAGUCUGAUCUAGGAUGGGAUCAGCCGAUACCUCAUAAAUUAGUCUUAGAAUGGACUAAAAUAAAAGUCGACAUAUCCUAUAUAUCGCAAUUUAAAAUACCUCGAUGGUUACAAACACAGGAAAAUGACAUAGUGGAGCUCCAUGGUUUUUGCGAUGCUAGUACAAAAGCUUACGCAUGUGUUGUUUAUUGUAGAAUACGAAGAAAAGAUACAACACAAUAUGUCACCAUUGUUGCGGCAACAUCCAAAGUAGUUCCUAUAAAAAAGACCUUAUCCAUACCGCGUUUGGAACUUUGCGGAGCUUUGUUGUUAGCUAAAUUAAUGAAAAAUAUUGUCGAAUCCCUAUCUAAUUUCAGAGUGCAUGUUUACGGUUGGGUCGAUUCUAUGGCAGUCCUAGGAUGGAUAAAUGGCGAACCCGAAAAAUGGAAACCCUUUGUUGCAAACCGUGUCAGAAUGAUUUGUGAAAUAAUCCCAAAAAAUAUGUGGAGAUAUAUUAAUUCCUCGGAAAACCCGGCUGAUUGUGCAAGUCGUGGGUCGACAGCUCUUCACUUGACGAGUCUUUCGCUUUGGUGGCACGGGCCUGAAUGGUUAUCUCAAUGUAAUCUCAAAGAGCAUUCUGAAAAGCCUACAUAUACUACAGAUAUAGAUCUGAAAAAGAAAAACCUGGUUAAUACAAUAACCACCAAUCCCAAUUAUAUAAUACAACAGUUAUUGGAUAAAUAUAGCUCUUUUAGAAAACUUAUAAGAAUUUUAGCCUAUAUUAUAAAAUUUAUCGACAAGAUUAUUUAUAAAAAAACGUUUGAAAAUAAUUAUCUUAGUUUUAAAGAUUUGAGUAAUGCGAGAGAAAUGAUAAUUAGACAUGUUCAGAAAGAAUAUUUUUUUCAGGAAAUAUCUGAACUUUCUGUCGCUAAGGUUUUAAAUAAAAAGAGUCAAAUACUAAAUCUUAACCCCGUUUUAGACUCAACUGGAUUGCUCCGAGUCGGUGGACGGCUGAAAAACUCAAACAUCGAUCCUGAAAUGAAAUAUCCUAUAAUUAUUCCAUCACAAUCGAAGUUAGCUGAGCUUAUUAUAGACGAAGCCCACGAACUUGUAUUUCAUGGUGGGGCUAAAUUAACCGCAGGUUUUAUACGACAAAAAUACUGGAUCCUUAGAGGAAAUAGUGCUGUCAAAAAGAGAUUACGAUCAUGUGUAAAAUGUAAAAAAGUUGAUCCUACAUUACAACAUCAACUUAUGGGCGAUUUACCCCCUUCUCGAGUUACACCUAGCCGACCUUUUCAUAGUACGGGGAUUGAUUUUACGGGACAUGUUUUAGUCAAGGCAAACAAAGGCCGUGGAAUCAAAACAACAAAAGGAUACGUAGCAGUCUUUAUAUGUAUGGUCACAAAAGCUGUGCAUUUAGAAUUAGUAUCAGAUCUUACCACGACAGCUUUUAUCUCUGCGUUGCGGCGAAUGUCAGCUAGAAGAGGGGUUCCGCGACAUAUUUUUAGCGAUCAAGGAACAAACUUCAUAGGUGCCAACAAUAUACUACGACAAGAGUAUACACAGAUCUCAGAAAUCCUAUCAAGUCCUGAGUGUACCUCAGUUAUAUCAGAAAUGAAUAUAGAUUGGCAUUUCAACGCCCCAUCGUGGCCUUCAGCGGGUGGACUUUGGGAGGCUGCUGUAAAAAGCCUUAAACAUCAUCUUAAACGAGUGGUUGGCGAACAAAAACUCACCUUUGAAGAAUAUUCAACUCUUUUAUCUCAGCUCGAGGCUUGUUUGAACUCUCGACCUCUUUGUCCGUUGACAGAAGACCCCGAGAACCUAGACUUUUUAACACCGGCACAUUUCCUAGCAAGCGGUCCUAACUUGACCAUUUUUGAGACAGAAAAUGAUCUUAGAACUCGAUGGCACUUAACUCAGAAAAUCUAUCAUGAUAUUUGGGUCAAAUGGAAGAAUGAAUAUCUCUCACAAUUAUCUAUUAGAUCCAAGUGGAAACGACCUCAAAAAGAUCUCAACUUAAACGAUAUAGUCAUCAUAAAAGAUGAAAAUCUUCCGCCCGGUAAAUGGGCUUUAGGGCGUGUUGUAGAGCUACAUCCCGGAAGUGACGGGCUGGUGAGAGUCGUCACUCUUAAAACCAAGAACGGUUUUAUUAAACGCCCAGUCGUUAAGUUAUCUCUUCUACCUACAAAUAAUAAUAAUCAAUCUUUAAACCAUGACAAGGUCGAUGAAAAGAAGCCUAAAGCGAAGAAGUUCAGCGGCAUCUCUUUCUGUGCUAUGGUUUUAUCUUUAACAUUAUUUUUCCUUUCAAUACUUAGUUCGUGUCAAGCUCAGCAUAGUUACACACCCCGUGAAAAGUGA